AUCUAAUGUUGCCAACAUGACGCUAAUAAUAGUUUGUAACAAGAGGGAUGAAGCAUAUAGCUAGUUUGGAUCUGGUAGCUAAUGUUAAACGUUUUUAUUUGUGUUUAGGUAUAAAAGUAACUGCUUGCAAGUUAUUUAGUGCGUAACGUUAUAAUGCUUUACAUAAGCGAACAGUUAACUUAGCUAGCUACAUGUUUCAGCAAGAAGAACAUUCCCUUGUUUCAGCUAGCUAGCUAAUAAAUGCAGCUGCCUACAGCAGCAGUAGUAGCUGCUGUACGUAAAUGCAACUAGCCAGAAACGCUAACUUUUAACUGUCUAGUUAAUGAGUCAACAUAACUUCAGCCAGCUAACGUUUUUCUGUGUUCUGUCGGCUGAUUAAAACGACAGGCCAGGAAUAGCAGUUUUGCUGUCUCUCUUGGCUAGCUAGCAUAAUAGCUAGCAUAAUACUUCUCACCGAUACGGAUUCUCCGGGAAAUGGUCGACUUUCUCAUGUGCCCAUGGAGAAGGCGGCCUUUGAGGGGUGGCUGGAGUCGGUCUCCGCCUCUUUCCUCACGCUGAGCGACCAGCAGCGCAACCAGUCUUUAGACCAACUCAUCUCGCUGAGUAAUGCUGUCCAGCUCCGGCACCUAUCCAACGGGCUCGAAGCGCUGCUUAAGCGGGACUUCCUGCGCCUUUUGCCACUGGAGCUCACCUUCUACUUACUACGCUGGCUAGACCCGCAGACCCUGCUCACCUGCUGCCUUGUGUGCAAACAGUGGAACAAGGUGAUCAGUGCGUGCACGGAGGUCUGGCAGGGCGUUUGUCGGGACCUCGGCUGGCGCAUCGAUGACUCAAUCCAAGACGCGUCCCACUGGAAGGGGGUCUACCUCAAGGCCAAGCUGCGGAUGAUGCAACUGAAAAACCAGGAGGCAUUUGAGACGUCGUCGCUCAUCGGGCACAGCGCCCGAGUCUAUGCCCUCUACUACAAGGACGGCCUUCUUUGCACUGGCUCUGACGACCUUUCCGCCAAACUGUGGGAUGUCCGCACAGGGCAGUGCGUAUAUGGCAUCCAGACGCACACCUGUGCCACGGUGAAGUUUGACGAGCAGAAGCUGGUGACCGGGUCCUUUGACAACACCGUCGCCUGCUGGGAGUGGAGCACGGGCGCCAAGAUUCAGCAGUUUCGUGGGCACACAGGUGCAGUGUUCAGCGUGGACUACAACGACGACCUGGACACGCUGGUGAGCGGCUCGGCGGACUUCUCUGUGAAGGUGUGGGCCCUGACCGCAGGUGUCUGCCUCAACACCUUAACGGGACACACCGAAUGGGUCACCAAGGUGAUUCUCCAGAAGAGUGAGGUAGAAUCCAUGGUGCACUGCCCAGGCGACUACAUCCUGUUGAGCGCUGACAAAUAUGAAAUUAAGGUUUGGCCCAUAGGCAGGGAGAUCAACUGCAAGUGCUUGAAGACCCUGUCCGUGUCAGAGGAUCGCAGUGUGUGUCUUCAGCCUCGCCUGCAGUUUGACGGCCGCUACAUUGUCUGUAGCUCAGACCUGGGGGUCUACCAGUGGGACUUUGCCAGCUUCGAUAUCCUCAGGGUCAUUAAAACGCAGGACCCAGCCAACCUCUCCCUGCUCAGCUUCGGCGAGGUGUUCUCGCUCCUCUUCGACACAGACUUCCUGUAUGUCAUGGACCUGAGGACAGAAAGGAUUACCGGCCGCUGGCCAUUGCCUGCCUAUAGGAAGUCCAAACGAGGCUCCAGCUUCCUGCCAGGUGUCACUUCCUGGCUGAACGGAUUGGAUGGGCGAAAUGACUCUGGCCUGGUGUUUGCCACGAGCAUGCCGGACCACAGCAUUCACCUGGUUCUGUGGAAAGAGAACGGACUGAAAAAAACGGCGCUGAUGAAACCUACCACUGCUAGGUUUUCAAUUGCCGUGUAGAACCUGGCGAUGUAAUGUUCAAAUCCCACAGCCGGGGUGGGUUAUUGCAUGGACCAAAGUGUUAAUGUCUUUCCUACUAUUUCCUUUCAUCAAACAUGCUCUCAUACAUACAAACGUCAUGCAACUUUCAGAGAGAGUAUCCGAUUGCUUCACCGACCAUGGUAAGAGGCACCAAAACGCUGCUAUGAACAGGGGGG